AUGCUUUGCUAUAGAAAUGUAAUGGAUUUAUUGAUAGAAAAAGGGUAUAAUUCUGUUGUUUUUACACAUCCACUUCUUUAUAUGGACAAAACAAGUGUUGUUACUUUGGCUGUAACUGUUUUGACUUAUUGGAUGGAAUUUUCUGUUUAUGCAGAAAAACUCAAUUUCAUCAGCAUUGUCUGUUCAUCCAAAGAAAUUUCACAAUAUUAUAUUAACAGUUUGGAUGAAUUGUCUGCUCGUGGAUGGGAGGAAUUUGCUAUUGCACAUUCAAAUGUUAUUUAUUCUUAUUUACUUGAGACAUUUGGAUAUGAAGGAAGUACUUCUGUCGAUUUUAAAGGGAAUGAAAUAGAUCCAAUAUUAAGACUUCGUUAUAUAGAGCCAAUUGAAUAUAGUGAACCACUUUAUGACUUGCGUAUAUUGGAAGUUGUUUUUGAGCGAGAAUAUGCGCCUUUGGUAUUGUUAGAUCACGACUCUAUUCUGCAGCAAUAUCAACAAUUAAGGGACAGUAAAGGAAUGUAUGAUGAGGGAAAUGAGGCUUUGCUUUCUCCAAUGGAGGAUAUAAAUUUAAAUCAAUUUUGUAUUGAAACAUAUGGUUUUGACGAGACAUAUAUUCGACAACAUCCUGAUGAAGUUUACGAAAAACUUCAUUCUAUUUUGUCUAUCGAGGAGAAGCAAGGCGGCCUUUUAAGGCAAUAUAGAAUGACAACUCAAAACCGUGAAGGAGAAACUUUUUACUUUCGAUGUUCUCGUUGCGAGUCUUUAAUGAGAUAUACAAAUGAGCAAUUUCGUCCAAAAAUUAUUGUUCGUGAAGGAUUAAUUCAAGGAGAUUGUUAUCCAUCCCAUCACCCUCAAUGUUUUCCAGCAAAUAAAGAAUGGGUAAUUCUUCAACAAUUGCAUCGACAAGCUAGAUUAUAUUUAAUUGAAAUGACUACAGCCCAACAAUUUGAAAAUUUUGAUGAAAAUUAUGGGGAAGAUCACGAAUAUGGACAAGAAUUUGUUUUUAAUGAUUAUUUACCUGAUAGCAAUUUACAACAGAGAAAUAAAGAUUUUGGACAAAGAGAGCCUGGAUUGGACAUCAAGCAAGAGACUGUUGAUGAUGAUGAUCUUGGUUUGUAUUUUACAAGGGGUAUCCUGGGGUUGGGUUUCAGUGGGAAUAGGGUUGCGUCUCUGGAUAUGUCCUUAAUAUUUUAAUAAAACCAUUUUUAGCCUAUAUCGGAUCUAAAACGAAAAAAAAUCAACAAAAAAUAGAACAAAAUAAAAUUAAAGAAGAUAUUAUUACUAAUGGGAAAAAGAGUAAAAAAUUCCGAAUAAUUCGUAAAAGAGGAGGUAUGACAGAUAUGGCUUUUGAUUGGCGUGAAACUGAUUUUAAUGAUGGAAAUAAAGGAAUGAAGAAAUAAAAGAGGAGUAAUUAAAAUUGAUUCUAUU